UGCACGAUUUGUCUUUGCAAUUGCACUCGCAUUUUCAUUACAUAAAAUCUCUUGAAAUUUUUAGUUUGGAAUUAUUUAUUAAUUAAAUACUGUUGUUUACAAAAUGAUAUUUAUUUCAUACCAUAACCUGAACAAAGACAUUCUGACAUAAAUUGUGACAAUAAACGAAUUCACAUCGGUAAACAUUAAAUGAUUGGAAGGACAAUGUUGGCCGGAUAUAAAACACUGGUGCGGCUAGCCUUAAAUGCUUAUCCAUCGUGCUUACAGGCCCAAGUGAGAUGUUCUUCCUCUUCCAACAAAUUGUUCCAAGUACAACCUGGGUCACCAUCGCUGUCCACCAGUGCCAAAGUGUCUCUAGAACCAUCAGAAGAGGUGACCACCAGCAACAGUCAACUAGAAUCCAGUCAUAAUAACAGCGACGUUAAAGAAAGCUCAAAUCCUCGAACCAGACAAACUGCACAAAGGGAGCUUGAGGACACAUUUACGCCAUUUCGAUACGUCUACCCAGAAUUUCUUCCCGAUCCCAAUCUCAAGUUUAGAAAUCGAAUAAAGGAAAAAUUAGAGAGGUUGGACAUGUUGCAUAGGCGUUCGCAGGUUGAUAUUCCCGAGUUUUAUGUUGGGAGCAUCAUGAGCGUAACUGUCUCUGAUGUAAAUGCUCCUGGUAAGACAACUACAUUUGUAGGAAUUUGUAUGCAGAGGGAAUUCACCGGUCUAAAGUCGAACUUUACACUGAGAAAUGUUGUGGAUGGAAUGGGAAUUGAGAUUUGUUAUGACCUUUACAACCCAACUAUUCAAAAUAUCACUUGCCUUAGAUUAGAAAAGAGACUGGACGACAAUUUGCGAUAUCUUCGAGAUGCACCCCUUGAGUAUUCAACGUUUCCUUUUGACAUGACUCCAGAGGUCAAAAAUCCUGAUGCUCCAGUUCCUAUUAAUCCAUUGAAGAUAAAGCUUAACCCAAGACCAUGGACUGCAAAAUGGCACCUUUGGGAUUUAAAAGGGAUAGAGGAUGUUUCUCACACGUUAGAAGAUUGGCAGUUGCGGAAAUUGAAAACAUGGAAGUUCCUCACGGGCGACGAAGUUAAAAAUGUGGAUUUAAUGAAAACUUACAGAUCGACAAUUCCGGUCGAAGAACAGGUAGAGAUUUACAGCGAGUUUGCUCCACAACUAGUUAGCAUCAGUCAAUCCAUGAAAAAACAAAAAAGAAAGCGAACUUUUUCCAAACCUACCAAAUCGGCUUAAAGAUGUUUCAAUCAUAUUAAUAUAAUAUUAGACGUUAGUUUUCGAUAGUGUGUAGACAUUGUAAGUUUUUACUAUGACCUGGAAAUAAAAGGUUUUGAUAACCAUGAUUCAAAUUAUCAA